GGGCUGCAGUCUGUCUGAGGAUGGUGGCAUGCUGGCACAGCAUCAAGGCCUCACGAAGGAAGUGACCGAACUGACUCAGGAAGAGAAGAAACUGGAUGAGCUGAUCCAAAGCUGCACCCUGGACCUCAAGCUGCUAACAGAGGACUCGGAGAAUCAGAGAUUAGCUUAUGUGACGUAUCAAGAUAUUCGAAAAAUUAGUGGCCUUAAAGACCAAACUGUUAUAGUUGUGAAAGCUCCUCCAGAAACAAGACUUGAAGUGCCUGACCCAGUGGAGCGUGCAUUGAUACAUUUAUCUAGUACUCAAGGACCUACUGAGGUUUACCGGUGCCCAGAGGAAAACGAUGCCCUCAGUCCAAUGAAAGCCUAUAGUCAGGACCACAACGGAAAUAUUUCCAAAACCAUUUCCAAAGAAGCAGCUUCUGCUAACUCAGGACAAGGUGACUGCUCAGUAAAUAUGGCAACAAUCUCUCCAUUGGCUUCUCCAGCCAACCUUCUCCAGCAGACCAAGGACCAAAUUCCCCCAAACUUUGAAGGACCAUUUGUGAAUUUGCUGCCUCCUCUGGUUCAGGAAGAUUAUUUGCUGAGCCUUGGGGAUGAAGAAGGCAUCAGUGACCUCUUUGAUGCUUACGAUUUAGAGAAGCUUCCUUCAUUGGUGGAUGAAUUUAUAACAGCUGAUUGUCUUAAAUGCUGUCCGUAUCUAAAUUGUGGUUUUAACGGAAUGAACAAACCUGCCAUCAUUCCGAGUUGUCCCCUACUUACUAUAAAAUAG